AGUUGCCCGCGCGCAACGGAGACCAGGCUCAUAGGACUAGUCUAAAUCUAAUGGCCCUGCCUCACCUCCCCGCUUCCUCCCAACCAUCACCACCACCAUCAUCAGCUGUACAUCACUGCUGCUCGUCUUGACCUCGACGGAGUCACAGACGAGUAGUGAAGGAGUCAGAGAAGGAGAAGCGAGCGUACUUGUGCAUCACGGGAUAAGGCAGGCAAAGGAAAAGGACAUGAAGAGAUCGUACCCAUACACAGGACCAGCAAGCAACACAGUACCAUCGGGCAAUCAGUAUACUGGCCAACAGAGCCACACGACUGUUGCGCCUCCUCAGCCGGCAGCUCCUCCAGGAUCGUCUUCGGCAGCGGCCAAUCCAAGUGCUGCUGGUCCUGACUAUUCAAACUACGGGUACGGCCACCAGCAACCUUCCUCGUCCAAGAUGACUCCAGAGGAGCAGCAGGCCCAAUGGCAUCAGCAGUGGCAGCAGUACUACGCUCAGCAAGCUGCCGCCGCGGCUGCCACUGGAGGAUCCGCUACCCCGCAUCAGCAGCCGCAUCAGCAUCAGCAGCCCAUGCAACAUCAUGCUGGCCCGCAAGCUCAACAGCCCUACGGAAGCUACCCGCAAGCAGCUGCGCCUCCCCAUCAACAGCCCGCCGGCUUCUAUCCUCAGCAGCAGCAGCAGCAGGGCCACCAUCCUCAAGGGCAUCCUCAGCAGGGUCAAUAUGCUCAUGGACCCUAUGGGGCUCCAGCCGUCUAUCAAGGCGGCAUGCCUGGCGCCCAGCAGCCAGCCGGUCCCAAUCCACCCUACGGUCCUCAACAGCCACAACAAAACCCAUACUACCCACCGCACAAUGGCGCUCAGGCUGGGCCUAUGAUGGGAGGUGGAGGAUCAUCCGGACCGCCUGCCAAGCGUCAGCGCUUUGAUGGUGCACCUCCAGGCGGCCCUAAUUACAAUGUCGGUGGGCCGAUGCAAGGGUCAGGAUAUCCCCCUCAACAACCUGCCGCGCAGUGGGGUGGACCAGCGACUCCCAGCGGUCCCGCUGCGCCCUCCUCCUAUGGCUGGCCGGGAGCUAGCAGUCCCACCCCAGGCCCUCAAAUGAUGGGAAUGGGAGCCAAUGGAAUGAACGGCCCUUCUGGUCCAUCCUCUCGAGGAGGAGGCGCCAUGAGGACUCCCAGUAGCUCUAGAGGCGGAUUUGGUGGAGUCAAUGCGAUUUCACCAGCCAUGAACUCUCCCAUGGGAGGGCAGAAUGGUGGCCAUCAGCAGGGAGGGGCGCCGUCCGUCAGGGGUGGGAGAGGUGGAAUGGCUGCGAGCAACGGAGGUCCGCCCAAGAUGCCCUCUCGCGGUCCGCAGGGCAAGGGAGGAUCCGGUCCUGGCGGUUUCAAUCAGCAACAGCAGUCAUACCCCUCUAGGGGAGCGCCGGGAUCUUUCGGUGGUCCGAGUGGGAGCAAAGGGGGAGCUGGGCCCAGCAAUAUGCGAGGAGGUGGCAUGAACGCUUCGCGAGGAGGUAAUCGCCCUGUCUCUGGUGCCUUCAGUCUCUCUCAGCAACAGAAAUGGGGAUCCGCAAAUGGUCCUGCCAAAUCUUCUUCCAAUAAGCAACCACCCACUGGGCCAGGAGCAGCUCGCUCAGGCACGCCGGCUUCAAGCAAGGGCUCGCUGUCUCGGGCGCACGGCGGCAACGUCCCUUCGUCCCCUGCGCUGUCCAACAAGCCUGUGUCCAUAGCUACACGUGCCGCCGGUGUCAACGACCAGCCCGUUCCCAGCACGUCCAAGCGUACCUUCACUGACUUCCGGAUCAAGGCUGUGGAAAUCCCAGUUCUCGACUGGGCCUGGAGCUUGCGAGGCGACUUCGAGAGAGAAGACGAGGACAACGAGAAGCUAGAGACUCAGGAGGAUGGAGAUGAUGGCGAUGCCGCUAACGAGUCAGAAGAUGAGCAAAACCAAGGCGGAGUGGAAAACGAGGUCACCAUUGCAGGCAGCGACGAGGAGAGUACUGCUGGCGACACUUCACAAAUAUCUGCAAAGAACGGGGGGCAGGCGAGCGCAAAGAGACGUGCUUCAGCAAGCAAGCAGAGCGUCCCCGAUUCAAGCAACUGGUUCUGUCGCUGAUGCGACCGAGCCCUCUGAGCCUAUCAAGGACGGACAGUCUUCGACUGGGUCGAAAAAGAAGAAGAAGAAGCGUGGCAACGCCGAAGCUGCCGUAAAAGUCGAAGCAGAAGACAAGCAAGACAUCAAGGUUGGAGAGGCCGCCUCGAUGCGAGAGGUUGCUCCUACCAUCCCCACUGUAGAAGGCUGGUCAGGCUACACGAAGACACCACCUCAAGGCUCACCCAACAGGGUGAGCAUCUCAUACUUCGGCACAAAGCGAAGGCUUGUCAUCGAUGCAGAAGUCGUCAAGGCACUGAAGGUCUUGCGAGCU